AUUUUCACUAUUGAGUGUACAGUCAUUGUACAAAACCGUCAGUCAUCUUGAAUCAACGUGGAUGAUGCUGGUGCCGAGCCAGAGAUAGAGGUCGUCAUGUACGAUAUUCAAGAAGAAGGUCACAGAAUGGAAAACAAGUCUUACUUGGUGAAGAUGAGUGGAAAUGGGUUGCUGGUAAACAACAAGGUGAAUGGAAGCUCUCUGAAAGGGAAAGCACUGAACAUGAAUGGCUUGCACCAUGUGCAAGUAAAUGGGAGUUUGUAUCCCGCUAAAGUGAAGAGUCGCAGACAGCGCUGGGAGGUGAAGCCAUCCGACAUGGCCCAGAACACUCUGAACCCAAUCAGGGCCAUUGUGGACGGCAUGAAGCUCACCCCAAACCCCGACAAGCCUAUGAUCGCCCUCUCCAUCGGAGAUCCUACUGUAUUUGGAAACCUGCCAACAGACAAGGCGGUGCUGCAGGCCAUGAAAGAUGCUAUUGACUCACACAAGUUUAACGGCUAUGCUCCAUCAGUCGGUUACCUGCAUAGUCGACAAGCUGUGGCCAACUUCUAUAGCUGUCCGGAAGCACCACUGGGCGCAGAAGAUGUGAUCCUGACUAGUGGCUGCAGUCAAGCCAUUGACCUGGCUAUCAGUGUGUUGUGUAACCCCGGAGACAACAUCCUGGUGCCCUGCCCAGGCUUCUCCCUCUACAAAACUUUGGCUGUCUCCAUGGGCAUUGAGGUCAAACUCUACAAUCUGCUGCCAGAAAAGUCUUGGGAAGUUGACCUACAACAUUUAGAGAGCCUGAUUGAUGAGAGGACCUCCUGCAUCAUUGUUACCAACCCAUCCAACCCCUGUGGCUCUGUCUUCACCAAAGAACACCUACAGAAGAUUCUCAAAGUGGCCUCCAGAUACUGCGUUCCCAUCCUGGCAGAUGAGAUCUACAGUGAUAUGGUGUUCCCUGGUUGCAGCUCUCCCUCUAUGGCUUCUCUAAGCAGUGACGUUCCCAUUUUGGCCUGUGGGGGCCUGGCUAAACGUUGGCUUGUACCCGGGUGGCGGCUGGGAUGGAUCCUGAUCCAUGACCGCAACGACAUAUUUGGCUCAGAGAUCCGACAGGGCCUGGUGAAGUUGACUCAGAGGAUCCUUGGAGCCUGUACUAUUGUCCAGGGGGCACUAGAGAGUAUCCUCAACAACACGCCUCAGAGUUUCUACAGCACCACCAUCAGUUUCCUCAAGUCCAACUCAGAGAUUUGCUUCAAUGAACUAUCCACAGUCCCAGGCCUGAACCCUGUCAUGCCCUCUGGAGCCAUGUACCUCAUGGUUGGUAUUGACAUGGAGCAUUUUCCAGAUUUUAAAAAUGAUGUGGACUUUACUGAGCGAUUGGUGACAGAACAGUCAGUAUUCUGUCUUCCUGCGUCAGCUUUUGAAUAC